AUGCUGCUGCACGGGGCGGUGGAGGAGGUGGUGGGGGUGGCGGGGGGAGUGGGGGUGGCGGUGGGGGUGGUGGCGGGAGUGGAGGUACUGGUGGCGGCGGUGGAGGCGGAGGUGGCGGCGGAGGUGGUAGCGGAGGAGGCGGUGGGAGCGGUGGGAGCGACGGUCCUGGUGGGGGAGGUGGCGGUGGAGACGGGGGUGGCGGUGGAGGCGGGGGUGGCGGUGGAGGCGGGGGUCGGAGUAGCUCUUCCCAGCGGAGCAGCUCUGGGGGUGGUGACCGUGCAGGGGAGAGGUGUGGAGGCGCCCACACAGCCCGCCGCUGCUUUGGCCGCCUGA